AGCGAGAAACAUCAAACAAUUAUCACAUCAGUAUGGCUUUGAUUCGUAAGUAUAUUCAUAAAAGCCAAAAGACGUGGGAGGACUAUUUCCUAAAGUGGAAUGAUUCUGACUAUGGGGGUGUGAAAACAAUUCAUCUCAAGCCAGCAGAUGUUUGGAUCCCAGAUAUCACCUUAUACACAGACGUUACAGGUCAGUACUAUGAGACUAAGGAAUUCCGAGUAAAAGUGACGAGUGACGGAACAGUUCAGUGGAAAAUUCCGACGAAGUUUGUCAGUUCAUGCAAGAUGAAGGUCCACAACUUCCCCUACGACGUCCAGACAUGUACACUUAAGUUUGGAUCGUGGAGUUUUGGAAGUACAGAAAUAGAUCUACAGAAUAAGUCAGACUCUGCUGAUCUGUCUGCAUAUGAACCAAGUGGAGAAUGGGAAUUACUGUCCACUGACGCUAUACGGCAUUCUAUAAUGUACAACUGUUGUACGGAACCUUACAUUGACGUUACAUACUACAUCAAUAUUAAACGGAAACCUCUCUGUUACACCUUCAACGUGAUCUUGCCCUGUAUGUUCAUAGUGAUCAUCUCGCCGUUUUCGUUUCUAGUGCCCCCGGGAUGUGGCGAGAGGAUACAAUUAAGCACAACGUUGUUUUUAUCUCUCACAGUUUAUAUGCUGUUUGUUGCCGAACAACUUCCAGUUCAGUCUGAGGAUGUACCUUCAGUAGGUCAGUUCUUCACGACUGCAUUAUUCGCCCUUGCCCUGCUAAACGUGACGUCUAUUAUAUCAGUUCACCUUUUCCAUAGAGGUUCAAAACGUGACAAACUUCCACGAAUAGCAAAAUUGUUUGCCAUGAAAGUGGUAAAACUUGUUUGUAUGGCAAACAGAUUUGACGAAGUUGUCGACUUGUGUUGCUGUUGUAACAGCAAUGAAAAAGAAAACACAUUGGAACUAAAGAGAUGCGAUAAG